GAUCUUGACAAUUCAGUUGACAUCUUUAUUCGCUGUGUCAUUUGCAUUGUGUUGUACGUAUUUUAUUUAAUUUUGCCUUUUUCGUGUGUUUUAAGUCUUGUUCAAAUUUCAAUUAUACAAAUCAGUUCUUAUUAGAACUAAACCGGGUACCUGUACUUGAUUUUGUUGGUGCAAAUACUUCGAAAUAUGGAUUCCACGCCAAGUACAAGUAAAGCGAACAUUUCACCUGUAAAAAGGCGUACGCGUCUUAAUUUGGGGCAUUUAUCGAUCUCAGAAAAGCAGUGCAUACUCAACUUAUAUAAACAGAUAUUAACUGAUGACCCUGGCACAAAGAUGGUUACCAUUGUUGCAAAAAUUGCUGAUGCCGCAGGAAUUGCAAAAUCCACGGUUUACCGAACAAUAAAGGAGUAUAAGAAAACGGGAGCUGUAACUCCUUCUAAACGUUCGGGGGGUCGCCCACCUUUGGUAUCGCAAUUUGAGGAAAGCACAAAAACAUCAGUUCGUCAAAUUAUUCACAACUUUUUCUACCACAGUGAACUUCCCACUUUGGACAAAAUCUUAAAAGAAAUUAAUAGUCGUGAGGAUUUACCACAAAUGUGUCGUUCAUCUUUAUAUAAAUUAAUGAAGCAAAUUAAUUUUAAAUAUUUAAAACGCAGUCGUAAAAGUGUUCUAAUUGAACGAGACGACAUAAUAAGAUGGAGACGAAAGUAUUUAAAAGCUAUUAAACAAUAUAGGAACGAAGGACGAGCCAUAUAUUACUUAGAUGAAACAUGGUUAAAUGAAGGCCAUACAAAACAGAAAGUGUGGACUGAUGAUAACAUUCGUACUCGACGACAAACGUUUGUGGAAGGAUUGUCUACCGGUUUAAAAAAUCCUUCUGGAAAAGGGAAACGUCUCAUUAUUUUACAUGUUGGCUCUGAGAACGGUUUUGUAAACGAGGGUCUACUACUUUUUGAAGGAAGAAAAACAUCCGAUUAUCAUGAAGAAAUGAAUGCGGAAGUGUUUGAAGAAUGGUUUGCAUCUUUCUUAGUGAAAAUUCCUGAAAAUGCUGUAAUUGUUAUGGACAAUGCACCAUACCAGGAAGAUAAAAUGUGUAAUUUAGAUGGUAUAAUGGAUAACAUUAUAGAAAUUUCAGUUGAUACCAAUGAGGACAGCAGUUUUGGUGAAAGUUCUGAUGAAGGUGGUAACUAAAUUACCAUGUUAUGUAUUAAUCCAUUAAAGGCUGUUAUAAAUUCAUUGUUAAUUAAUUGUAAAUAAAUAAAUCACGUAAUUAAAUUUACUUUACA